AUUACAUUAUAUUUGGAUUUUGGUUGUAUCUCAAAUUUUAAUCAGUGUUAUGAAUGAGUAUUAUGAAUUUACGAACCUAUUUUAUCGAUCACAAUUCGCUUUGAAUUGCUUUUAUUAAUUCGUUAUUGCAGAGGCGUUAUUUCCAAUAGAUUUCUCGUUGGGACAGCUGGUUUACAUUUGACAUCAUAAUGAUAUCCUUUAAAAAAGGUAGCUUUCGCAUUGGAGAAGCCGAAUUGAAAUGUAAAAAAGCAAAUGGUUGUGAUUAUUAUGGUAAUCCACAAUGGGAUGGCUUUUGCUCAAAAUGUUAUAAAGAUAUACAAAAACAAAGAAGAAUGAAUGCUUCUCCUAAAAAAGUACAAAUAAACAAGAGUAAUGCAAAACCAGAUUUUAAAAAGAAUGGUUUAACUGAAAAAAAAUCAAAACUAUCAUACUUGAAAAUGUUCAACACUAUUAAAUCUAAAGAUGAUAUUUCUGAAAAAAGUAAGAAAGACUAUGAUCCUCUUAUUGCAAAGAAACUUGAGCAAGUUGAUGUAGAAUAUCUGUCUCUUUUGUCUGAACCAAAAUCAUUACGUUCUGAUUUAAAAAAACAAAUCCGUAAUUUUUGUCAAAUGAUGAUGAUGUCACAUUUACAUAGCCCUGUGGAUUUGCAGUCAGAACUUACUCAACAUUUUUAUCAAAAUAUCCUAGAUAUGCUGAAUAAUAAUUAUUCUUAUGAUGAAUUAGACCAUGAAAAAAAAGAACAGAUUUUGGAUUAUGCCGAGAAAUAUUCUAUGAUUAAGCUGUAUAAAUAUUUAUUUUGUAUGACUCUGGCGGAUGAAGAAGAAGAUUUAUGUAUUCAAAAACGGAUUCGUCAAUUAAACUGGGUGAAUGCCAAACACCUUGAUUGUGAUAUUGACAAAACAAAUGCUCAGAUUAUUGAAUUGGUAUAUAAAGCAAUUUUAGAAUUACUAGAUAUGGACUCUGCAAUAGCACCACAAGAUAAAUUAGCUUGUGUUGUUCGAUGCUGUCGGCAUAUAUUUGGAGUUUUACAAGGUGGAAACAAUGGUGUGAAAGGUCCUGCAUCAGCUGAUGAUUUCCUACCAGUUCUCAUAUUUGUUGUUCUUAAAGCAAACCCCGUUAGACUAAAGUCAAAUUUGCAUUAUGUUACAAGAUUUUGUAAUGCAUCAAGGCUGAUGUCUGGAGAAGCUGGCUACUAUUUUACUAAUCUGUGUUGUGCUGUAUCAUUUAUUGAAAAGAUAAAUGCCGAACUACUGAGUAUGAAUACUGAAGAAUUCGAACAGUAUAUGAAUGGAACAUUGGUAUCUGAUACUUGGGAUUCUGCUUUAAUAAUCUGUGAGGGAAUGCAUCAAAUGUUUGAACAGUUGGCCUUAUUGGCAGAUUUAAAAAGAAGAAAUUUAUUGAUUGUGGAAGAUGCAAUAAAGUUAAAAAAAGAAAUGUCUAAUUUUAAGGAUGAAUUUAUGGAACAAUUUUCAGUACUAAAAGAAGUGUACACUAUUAAUGAUGAUUCUAAUCAAACAGAUACAAAAAUGUCAGUUAGUAUUGAUGAUUUUGAUCCUAUGUGUUCAAAUUUACCACCAUGGACAAUGACACCUCAAAUUAUACAACCUGCAGAAAGAACUCAUACUAGUUCUACUUGCACAGAUGUUGAUUCUUGGGACAUUCAUUCUGCAGAAACAGUAUCAUUGCAUUCAUUAGAUGCAUGUUUAGGUAUGUCACAAGAAAAGCAUGUUGUGGCUGGAAGUAGUUUUGAACAUACUAUAAAGGAACAAUCCCAUUUAAAUGAAAUACAGGAAAUAUCUAUACAAGGAUGGCAAAUACCUAGUAUACCAUGUGAAACUGGAGGAAAAAUAAUUACCAGUUCUAAAAGUGACAUCCAAUAAGUAUAAUUAUUAAAUUGUAGUAUUACAUUUUUUUAUUUGUAAACAUUUUAUCUCUUUAUUAAGUAUAUCAUACAUGUUGUGGUUUAAUUGC